UGAAAAUAUAUCAAUAUCACCCCAUUCUGAAAGUUCUAAUAAGCAUAGGCAUUCUUUGAUAGAAACAGAAUCUCUUCAAUCAGAUACUAUGCCUCUUUUAGUAGAAGAUGAUAUACCUCAAAAUACAUCUGAUAAAAGUGAUCUUAAAAACUAUAAGAU